UAAUCACAAAUUAAUUAUCUUUACCUUACAUAACAUAUAACAGUGGAACUUGUAAAUCGUUGCAUCGCUGCCUUAACAUGACGAGGUACGUUAGCACCCUCUACUUUGUGAAAACUUAGCCUUUACCCUUAGUAGCGGUCAGCAAAUACAUGCGCCGUAAAAUAACAAAGUACUGCAAAAAAAAUUCCACAUCUGGUAAAAGUGAUAUGAUUGUGAUUAGUAAACCUGUGAUCCAUCCCAGUGCAUACUUCUGUAUCGAUUAUUUCCACUUUGAAAAGUUUCCUGUUCGUGCUCUUUCUUUGCAGUUAAAGAGAAACAUGAGAGACACAUUCUAGUAUUAGAAUCUCUUUUUCCUGAAGGACGGACUGCUCUUGAAUUGUCCAAAUUUGUCAUAAAACUAAUUCAUUAUUCUGAGCUCCUCCUCCUCAGAAACAUAAAGUUGGGGGUGAAGAUGAGGCCUGUUUCACUCUCUCACUGUCGGCCAUGAUAUUACAACUGAACCAAACAGCGCUGCUCUUCAUUCAGCUGUUAGUGAUGCUGCGUGUCUUUGCAGUGAAGCCUGAAGAAAACAACAGAGUUAUGUUGGCAUUCAGAGGAGAUCCAGUGACGCUGACUUGUAACAUAUCUGAGAAAAAUGCAUCACAAAUCUCCUGGACAAACAGCAGAUCUGUUUUUCAAUAUGCUAUUGAGACGAAUCGCACCCAUUCAAAUUUCUCAUCGAACAAACUUAAAAUAAAUCCCGAGUUACCUAUAAAUCUGAUUAUUUUUAGUGCUCAACCUGAGGAUGAAGGACUUUAUACAUGUAGCAUAACUGACCCAGAUGGCCUACACACCAUUACAUGGAAUUUAAAAGUGUCUGAGAACCCAGAAGAAUCGAUUUCAUCAAAGUAUUUUACAUUCAUACUUCCAUCUGCAAUUGGAUUCCUUCUGUGUGGCAUCACACUGGCUGUCUUCUUCUACAGAUGCUGCACCAGGACCCCGAACCAGGACCUUCAUCAUAUCAGGACCUUGAGUUUUGUUCAUUAUCAUGUUCAGCUGGGAGGAAAGGUGGUCCCUGCACAACCUCAGAGUUUUGCAGUGUACAGGACAGGCAGCACACUGAGAGACUCAGUCCACGUGGCCAUCUUGGGAGAUGGCCACAGUGUCACAAUUCCCACCUUGAAGUGAAAGUGGAUGUCAAAGAAACACUGCUAGUGAUGUCUUUUCAGUGAUUAAAAAACCCCAAACAAAACUAUUUAUUCCCAAUUGCCAGUCUUGAUCCCAUCCACCAGGACCUCCCCUCCUGGCCACUGCCCGGCGCUUCCUGCGAGCAGUGGGUCUGCAGGAAGAUGAGACCAAGCCCCUUUCUUCGGGCUGUGCCCGGCAGGGCCCCACGGACUAAGGCCCAGUCACCAGACGCUAUUUAACUGUAGCCUGAGGCAGUUUCCUGUUUUGUUGUGUUUUUCCAAAUGAUAAUGUAAAAUAUGAAAAUUGCAAUAAACAUAUUAUACUUAUUAUACAUAUUAUAUACUAUAUUAUAUAACCAAACAGGAAAGGCAAAAAAAAAAAAAAAAAAUUUGCUUGUACUCUGGAUUCUCUCUGUUUCCUGUCUUGUUUCAAGAUCAUUAUUGUUCAACCUAAAAAUAAA